AUGUCUUCCUCCGCCGGUGAUAUCUCAAACCUCUCACAGGCUCAGCAGGAAGCCCUCGCCCAAUACCUCUCCGUCACAAAUUCGGACACUACACAAGCUAUAUCUCUGCUCGGAAGGUGUCAGUGGAACGUCGAGAUCGCAAUAACCCGCUUCUUCGAUGGAGAACCCGCCGUAGAUCCCGUAGCCGAAGCACAAGCCCAAGAAGCCGCCGUCAGAGCUGCUGCCGCCCAACGUCCCCCUCCCGUACCCCUCCAGCGUCCGCCUCAUCCCCUCAUAGGGAACCCCAGAUCCUCAGCUUCGUCUUCUCGUUCCCGAUCUAGCGAUAUAAUACCCGCCCCUCGAAUAGUCCCCCAACCGAACAUAUCCGCCCGCCGUCCACCCAGUAUCCUCGCCUUGUUCUUCCUCCCCCUGUCGGUAGCCUGGCGAAUCACCCAGGGCUUCGCAUACCUAUUCUCGUCGCUAUUCCCAUUCCUACCUCGACUUCUGUCGAAUUUCUAUUCUCCAUUAAACCGGCGGGGUCGUUCUACCACUUCCAGCCGGCGGAGUCUGAACCCGCGCGAUACGGCCAGUCGCUUCAUCCGAGAGUUCGAAGAAGAUAAUGGAGUCACGGGACUCCCAUGGUUCGAAGGUGGAUACGCACAGGCAUUGGAUCUUGCGAAGAAGGAUUUAAAAUUCCUUCUGGUGGUACUGUUAAGUCCCGAACACGAUGAUACGACGAGUUAUACGAAGGAGACACUAUCAAACCCGGAGUUUGUAAAGUUUAUUAAGGAUCGGGAUAUCAUAUUAUGGGGCGGUAGCGUUGCGGAUUCAGAGGCAUAUCAAGUAUCGACGGCUUUGAUGUGUACUAAAUUCCCGUUCUCGGCGUUGAUAACGCAUACGCCGCAGACUUCUUCGACGGCAAUGUCGGUUGUUACGAGGGUCACGGGGGUUGUUUCGCCUCAAAAGCUUAUUUCCAAAUUGACCGCUGGGAUUGCGGCACACUCCGAGGCGUUGAACACGAUACGAUCACGAAGGGCGGCUGAAGCAGCGGACAGGAGUAUCAGGGACGAGCAAAACAGGGCUUAUGAAGCGUCGCUAGCUCGGGAUGCAGAAAGGGCAAGGCAGAGAAGGGCGGACGAAGCUGCUAGGUUAAAAGCCGAGCAAGAGGAAAAGGAAAGACAGGAAGCGAUGGAGUUGGAGGAGAAGAGACUUCUUGCUUGGAGGAGAUGGCGGGCUCGGGGUUUGAAAGCUGAACCGGAAGCUGGGCCGGCGACUUCGAGGUUGGCACUUACGUUAUUGGACGGACAGAGGAUAGUCAGACGGUUCGGGCUGGGGGAUUUGGUGGAGGAUGUUUAUGCGUUUGUGGAGUGUUCUGGUGUCGAAGCUGGGAGUGAGUCUUCUCCGCCUGAGAAGUAUGAGCAUCAGUAUGGAUUCAAGUUGGUCAGCAACCUGCCGAGAAAAGUGUUUGAGCCGGACCAGGGGCAGACGGUUGGAGAUAGUUUUGGAAAGUCGAUGGUUUUGAUUGUUGAACCUUUGGCUCAUGAAGAAGAUGAUGAGGAUGAGGAUGAGGACGAGGACGAGGAGUGA